AUGCAUGAGAGAAUAAUUUUUAGAGAACUUAUCAAUGAUUCCAUCAACAACAGAUCGGAAGCCUCACUAGUUGUUUUUAAGAAGUAUGUGUUGGAGUUUAGUAAAAGUUGGGAUGAAAAUUAUCCUCUAAUUUGUUUUUGGCAUUCCUUGUGGUGCAGUAAUUGGUUCUCGGACCAGAUGCUCUCAAAUGAGUUAUUAGAGACCUGUCCAAUAUUGCAAGACAUAGUAAGAGAUAAGGCGACAAUAUUCAGUAUUAAUUUUCUCAAAGAAUACAAUGAAGAUGCUGUAGUGAGACUGUUGCAGAGUCUGUUAAAGUACGACAUGAUGACAGAAUAUUCCAAAGUACUUCAGAUAUUAUUUGGUUAUAAAUUGAAACAAAGGGAUCUUCGAGGGUGUACUGAAAUCAUCAAGAACUGCGAAGUUCUGAACAUCUCAUUGCCAUCAAAUCAACAAGGAAAAUACAUCCAAAUGUUAAUACGCAAUAAAUAUACGGAAAAACCUAAAGAGACGCCCAAAAUAGGGGGAAAGAAUUUUAAAAUGAAAUUUUAG